GCGUCCAUCUGUUGUUUUCACCGUUGAGGAAAACGAUCAAGUUUCUCUUUGAAUUCGAAUGAUGGAAAGCUGUGUGUAGUUCAAUCGAAUCUUUAUCUAAUUUUCCAAGAACCUGAUAGGUUUUAUCGAGCCACUGAUCAUCCACCAUGUCUGCGAAAGUGGGUUCCAGAGACAGAAGUCGGUCGAGCGUGGGAUCAGAUGAAAGACCACGGGCAAGAAGCAGAGAGAGAGAGAAAAGAAAACGGAGACGCACUCGGAGCAGAUCGUCAUCUUCGUCAUCUGUCAGCUCCUCUUCAUCAUCAUCGUCGUCGUCGUCGUCGUCAUCCUCUUCCUCACGCUCAUCCUCCUCCAGCUCCUCCUCGCGCAGUAGGAGUAGCUCCAGUAGCAGCGAUUCACAUAAAAAGUCUAGAAAGGCUUCCAAGAAAAGGAAGAAGGAGAGAAAGAAGGCGGUGGACUCUUGA